AAGCACGAUGGCGUCUGACGGAGAAGUCCUAAACGCGGGCAUUAUAUUUCUGUAUUCUUACAUAUAUGUUGUUUAAUAGAGUACACACGGUUAAUAAUUUUUUGUAGCCGGAUACAUUAGUCUGAGCGCACUUUGACACUUCUCCUGUAUGCUAGCUUCACUUAAGGUAGCUUGCAGCUAGUUUAGCAGGCUAGUUAGCUUAGCUUGUUAGCUGCUAACAAAGAGACGCGGAAGUUAUUUAAACAUCGCUAAGUAGGGAACUAAUGUGAGUGUAAAGUGUUGUGAUUGUGUGAAAAUGUGCGAAAGAACGAUAGCAAAGUACGAGGAGGAACUUUGUCCAACAAAAGAGGAGAAGGAGCGAGAACAUCAACUACUGGAUGUUUCUUAUAAGAAACAUCAUCAAGUUGUGUUACACAGAACAGGGCACUUGCCCUUCCUCCUGUGUCACUGGUCUGAUGUCUCUCCUGAUUGUGCCCACCUGUGUCACCCUCCUUCAUGUGUAUAUAGUCCUCGUCUUCCCCUGUCUUGUUGCCAGAGUAUGUGGUCUUGCCACGUACCGCCAGCCUUGUCCACGGCCUUGUCCACGGCCUUGUCCACGGCCUUGUCCACGGCCUUGUCCACGGCCUUGUCCACGGCCUUGUCCACGGCCUUGUCCACAGCCUUGUCCACAGCCUUGUCCACAGCCUUGUUCAAUGCCUUGUCUACAGCCUUGAACCAAAUUUGAUAAACGUCUGUGAAUAACAACUUCUGCCUGAAAAACAGGAGUGUGGCUUCAGUAUGGUGAAGGAGGAUCCUUCAAAGAGGAGGACCAGGUGCCACGGACCCUCUGGCGUCACCUUUUCCUCUUUGACACAGACCCUUCCCUGUAAAAAGGAAGACGAAGACUCAGUGACCCCCCACAUUAAAGAGGAAGCGAUGGAACACAGCAUCAGUCAGGAAGGAGAUCAUCUUGAAGGACCGGUGGAGUUCCCAGUGACUGGUGUCCCUGUGAAGAGUGAAGAUGAUGAGGUCAAAGGUGAAAGUGAGGAGAAGAGAGAGGCGGAGCCUCCAAGCAGCAGCUCAACACAACACAUGACAACAGAAGCUGAUGGAGACCACUGUGGAGGAUCACAAGCAGACAAGCUCUUAGCUCCACUAUCAGAUAGUGAGGACACAACGUCACACUCUCCUGACACUGAUGAUGAAGACUCUAAAGAUGAUAAGACAUGUCACACUGACAACACUCACUUCAAAUGUUGUCACUGUGACCAAAGUUUUAAAAACCAUAGUCAUCUGAAAAGACACAUGAGGACACACACUGGGGAUAAACCUUUUUCUUGUUCAAUAUGUGGCUUAUCUUUUACAAGGAAGGACAAUAUGAAAGAUCACACAAAAACACAUAGAAGAGAAAAAACGUUUUCGUGUUCUUUGUGUGAUUCGAGAUAUGCACGAAGUCGAGAUUUGAAAAAACACCUGAAAAGACACACUGGAGAAAACCUUUUUAAGUGUUCUGUGUGUAAUUCAAGUUUUGUCGAAGAUGAACAUUUGAAAAGACACAUGAGAACACACACAGGAGAAAAACCUUUCACCUGUUCCCUUUGUAGUAAAGGUUUUGCACAAAGCCACAAUUUAAAAGUACACAUGAGAACACACACUGGUGAAAAACCUUUUUCCUGUUCAACCUGUGGUAAAGGUUUUACACACAGUCAGAGUUUGAAAGAACACAUGACAAUACACAGUGGAGAAAAGCCCUUUUCCUGUUCAAUUUGUGGUGAAGAUUUUGCACGUCGAAAGUCUGUAAAAGUACACAUGAGAACGCACACUGGUGAAAAACCUUUUUGUUGUUCAAUCUGUGGUAAAACUUUCACAGAAAGUCGUUGUUUGGAUAGACACACAAGAUCGCACACUGGUGAAAAAGCUUUUUCCUGUUCAAUCUGUGGUAAAGGUUUUACAGAAAGUCAGAAUGUGAAAAGACACAUGAGAACACACACUGGUGAAAAACCUUUUUCCUGUUCAAUCUGCAACAAAAGCUUUUGUGAACGAUCAUACCUUGCAGCACACAUGAGAACACACACAGGUGAGAAAAUGUUGAGUUGCAGUGUGUGUGGUGAAAGAUUCUCUUCUAAGUACCAGUGUAAGAAACACAAGUGUGCUGGUGAGAACAGCAGCAGCAAAUGAAACUGCAGUAUUUGAAAUAAAUGGUCAAAAUUUUAACUUUGACUUUCUAACAACAUCAGCACAUAUUACAUGUGUGACAUUGUUGUAUGUGUAACAAUAUCUUUAAUAUGCUCCUACAUGUAUAGAUUAGAUAUUUUAUGUUAGUGCUUUUUUCAGUCGUGUACAUGCAUUAAUAUGCAACAAUAUUUAUUGUUAUUAAAAAUUGAAAAGAACGAUUUGACUGAAAAGGUGAGAGUAAACACUACAAUACAUAGUUUACAUACAGUAAACAUUUUUUGUGUAUAUACAUCCAUCAGAAAUGUUUUUGACUUAUUCGUAUUUGAGUUUUUAUAGGUAUUUGAAAUAUUGAAGUGUGACAUAAAUUAGCACCCUUAUAUGAUAUACAUAUUUACUGGUUCACAUCUGAAACAUCUUCUGGACCACUUCAGGAAGCAUAUUAUUAUUUACUUUAUACAUCAUUUGAACAGUUGUCUUUUAUUCACUUUUAAAAUGUGUAACUUAAUGAAUCAUUUGUUGGGUCUCUAUAAUCUAUUUUAUUAAUUAUCGUUAUUACUUUGUAUUAUGAUGAUUGUGUUGUGAUUGUUUUAUAUGUAUGUCCCCAGACCUUUAUGCAAUAUAAAAGUGACAGAAAACAACUGAAAUUGUUUGUGAUAGGAUGCUUUUGUUUUUACAAACUUGCAUUUGUGGGUAAAACAAAAACUCCCAUUAUUGUGUAUUAAACAUUUGUUUUUGUUGUUUUUCUUUUUGACAUCCCCAAAACAAUAUCAAUAUCAAUCAAAGUUUGGAGGGUCAGGCAAAAGCCAAUAUUGUACAUCAUCCCACACAUAUUUUCUUUGCAUACAUUCAUAAAAUAAGCUCUUUGUUUUGUUUCCCUAUCACAGAACGAAGUCUUGUCUUCAAUUGCAGAAGUUAUUUUAAGUGGUCAAUUUGGGGCUUUUUUUCUAAAUGAACUCCUUUGCCUUUGGAAGAAUGAAAACUUCCAAUGUAUGAUUUUUUUUUUCUUCCAGUAAAAUGUAAAUAGUAAAUAAUUAAAAAGAUGAUAUGCUGCAAUUAGAAUAGUUUAAACGAAAGCCUUUUUAAUUGUUUAAGACCUACUGAAAUUAGAUGUUCUUAUUUAAACGGGGAUAGCAGGUCCAUUCUAUGUGUCAUACUUGAUCAUUUCGCGAUAUUGCCAUAUUGUUGCUGAAAGGAUUUAGUAGAGAACAUCCACGAUAAAGUUUGCAACUUUUGGUCGUUAAUAAAAAAGCCUUGCCUUUACUGGAAGUAGCAGACGAUGUGCGCGUGACGGCAAUGGUUGUAGAGCUCCUCACAUCCGCACAUUGUUUACAAUCAUGGCCACCAGCAUAGGGUUGGGCAUCGAGUAUCGAGUAUCAAUUGGAAUAGGGACUAACUUUCCGAUUCUCCCGGAUUCGUUCAAAAGUUAAAAUUUCGAUUCCUAGUUUCGAUACCCAGUCCGGAGACCGGAAAAAAAUAAUAAGUCCGCCGACCCGGAAGAAGAAGCCGCUGAACACCAACAAAGAAGCGCCCACCGCCGGAAGUGUUAGCAUAGCCGAGCCUAUGUAGCCGAGCGAGUCAGUCAAGCAUGGAUAGCGGGCGUCGGCGGUCAAAAGUGUGGCUUUUUUUUACUAAAAAAAAUGAAAUAUCGGCGAAAUGUAACACGUGCGACAGGACUGUUUCGUGCUUAGGGGGGGUGCACGUCGAACAUGAUGAAGCACCUCCGAGUUCAUGGAGUACUAAUAAAUGUGUGUCCCGUCUUCGACAGGAGACACUAUCUGUCCAGAACGCUCACGCAUCCUGCCUGAGAAGGCGCAUAUGGUCAUUUUCCUAAACAAGAACUGUCUCUGAUUUUAUACUGUACCUGCUGCUAAUCUGGACUGGGUUUUGCAUGUUGUUUCUUAUUGUUUAUUUGCUUUUCUGCACCAGGCUAGCCCAUCAGUGGGAGCACGGCAACAUGUUCAAGUACCUGCAGCAUCAUACACUUGUGUGUAUAAAUGUGUUUUCAUGAGGUUUCCUGCAGCAUCAUACACUUGUGUGUAAAUGUGUUUUCAUGAGGUUUUCAAAAAUAAAGCUCUCUUGACGAAAGUGUA